AUGAGGGUUUCCAAACCCCUGGAUGCCAAAGCUCCAAGCUGGCUGCUGAAUGGAAAAGUUGGCAUAAAUAUGUGUGUGUUGAUCACCCUGACUCUCGUAUCUUGUGCCUUUUCUUUCCAGAUAUUUGUCAAGAAAAGGGAAGUGAUGAAGUCUUUUAAACGUGGAGCUAAGAAACAGCGCCACAACCCAGUGGACAGCAUCUGCAGGAAGAUCAAAUCCAUCCAAAUGAUGGACCAAGUCUCCAACCCGGCCUUGCAGAUACCAAAAUUUCAGUCCCAGAACUUUGAUAGCCCACAGAGCAACAUUAAAAAAAAUCUGGAAGAAAUACUGAAGGGGAGAAGCUGCAGUAGUGGUGGGAGCACUUGCUCGCCCUUGGCCGGCGGUGGCGGCGUUUUCUCCAUGCCCUCGCCAGGCCUCGGGGCCUGCUCCAGGCACCAGACUGCAAACAGAACCUUCUCCAUGCUGGAGGCCAGCGGGAGAUCCAGCAGCUCCUGGGCGCCUUCCUCUCCCGUGGAGAGCUCUUCUCCGUUCCCCUGUGGAGCCAGGGAGGCCAAUGCCCAGGGCAGGCCGUGCGCUUCAGCAAAUGCCGAGCCCCGGGAUGUGUGGCCCAAGCAGAUGUAUCUGACGUCAAGUCCCAAUUUAUGCUUCUUCACAUCGGAAAAAAAGCCAGGAAGUGCUGUGGUCCAGCUUCCUGUGCCAAGGGCAUUUCCUUCCAGUGAAAGAGGAAAGAAGCAGCCUGUGUGGUACAAAGGUGACAGUAUGUGCAACAUGAGCUUGAUCUGUGACGAGAACCUGCUGACCACCAUCUUCUGGGCAUGUGACAGCCACCACACAGGGAAAGUGGCAGUGUCUGAGAUAAUCAAUUAUUUAAGACAUACGACCAGCUGGGACUCAGAGGACAGUGGUCUUGAGGAGCUCUGCAACAAGCUUGACCCAGAGCGCAAAGAUAUCUCCAUGGACCUGGAAACCUACCAUGCCGUCAUGGGAGAGUGGAUUGAAGACCGUAACAGAAAAUGGGAAGAAGGUGCUACUGAGAAAUCAUCAUCAAGCAUGGAAGACCCGGAAUCUCAAGUACCUAAAAACAUCUCUAAAGCCGACAAGUCACUUGUUCAGAUGAAUGUUACCUCAGGAAGCCUGGAGGCCUUUGGAGGUGAUGUGUCUAAAGGAGACAUGGAGACCUCUGACUUGAUAACCUGCCUUGCGGACCUGCAGUACAACAACCAGAAGCUUCAGGAGGAGAACAACAAGCUGAAGCUCACCCUGGAAGCUUUGGAUGAGACCAACAGCAAGCUCCUGGCAGAUAAUGAGCAUCUAUGUCAACAAUUAAAAAGCCUCCAGCACUCUGUGUUGAAAAUCAAAUCCCUGGAAGAAGAGCUAGAGGAAGCAAGAAACAACCUGAACGUGGCAGAAGAGGAAAGAAAACAGAUUCUCUGCCACAACAGACAGCUAGAAAAAGAAAAUCGGUCUCUCAACAUCAAAGUUACUUCUCUCCAGGAAGAGAUUAUUAGGAAUAGCAUGGACACCAAUGGGCUGCAAAAGAAGAUUUCGGAGCUGUCUAAAAAUGCAGCAGAGCUUCAAAUCCAAGCCCGUAUCUAUGAAAGCACUGUGGCAAAUAAAGAGGCAAGCUUAACCCAGAAGGAGCAGGACAUCAAGGAACUCAAGUUAACAAUUGUGGAGUAUUCCUCAAUCAUAGAGACACUGAGAGCUGAAAAAAAUAAACUGCUGGAGAACAUCCAACACAUGCAGCAAGAGCUGAUCUCGCAUGGGUUGAGUUUACCAUUAUUGUAUAAAUUUAACAGCAAUAUUCCUGAAGGGACAAGCACACUGCACUGUGAACUGGAGCUUGCAGAGUUUUCUGAGAUUAUCAGGACUGAACAGGCAUCCCUGGAUGAAACACUGGCUCGUGAAGUGCAGCUUUUGCUUCAGAGGCCUGAAUAUGCAGGAGAAAAAUUCAAGACCAUCAUGAAAAACCUGGUCAGUAACAAAGCUUAUCAAAAGGAAAUCUCUGAAGCAGAGGAACUUGUCAUGGCUUCAUUAGAAUGGGUAGAAGAUCCUGAUGAGGACAUGGAACAGGCCUGGGAAAGAAAACUUGUGGCCCUCAAGCAAGAACUAGGGGAAAAAAGACAUCUUUGGACCCAGAAACUCCAACUUUUGGAAAAAUGCAAUGAGUCCUUAGAGGAGGAUUUUCUUCGAGUGGCAGACAACCUGAGGAGAACCAAGACAGAAGAAUUUCACCUAAGGAAAAAACUCUCUGCUAGCCAGCGCAAGGUUGAAAAUGCCAAACAGCUACUAGAAGAAACUUUGGCAGGUGGCCAGGCAGAGGACCUGUGUCUAGAGCUGCAAAAAGCCAGCAAGCAGCUGGAGGAUAUCAGCAAGCAUGCGGAGGAUCAAGCUGAAGCAUUUCACUCUGCUCGUGAAGAAGCAGCAUCCUUGAAGAGCAAGUUGGAGGAAGCCAUUUCUGAGCAGCAGAAGCUCAGGGAUGUGAAUGCUGCUUUAGAAAGCACUUGCCAACUGCUUCAGGAGAAGGUGGAAGACCACAAAACAACUGCUAAUGGCCUGAGAUGGGAACUGCUGCAGAGGCGUCUCUGUGAAUUGGUGUGCCAGUGCUGUGCAGAGUCAGAGUCUGAGUACGCUCUGCUGCCCACGAUAGCUGCACACGUAAAAGGGAAGCAGCUCCACAGAUCCAAAAGACCAUGGAAUGAGGGACCCACCUUGUACUCUGACUUUCCCUGGGCACUGCUAUCAGGUGCUUCACGCUGGCACAGCUCCCCUCUGCUAGAUGCUCUGACCUUGGAGACCUCCUGCCCAAAUAACCCUCCUGGGCACAGCUGGGACCAGCCUUGCAGGCAGAGCUCUGGCAGCUGCACCUUGGAGAGGCAUGAUGUGGGACACGUGUCCAGCUCAGAUGUGACCUCAGGAGGAUGCAGGUGGAAAAUAUACUCUGCUGAUGACUACACUGAUGCAGACCUUCCUGUUUCCAUUACAAUGAUGGACUCUUCACUUGCUGAGAUUGACCGUGAGGAGUCAACACCGCCAGCCAUGCUGAUUGCAUCCAGUGAUCACUUACCAUCCGCCCACGAAGCUCUUGCAUCCUCAGUGGAAAGCACAACACCGGUACCAGGCUGCCUUGUUAUGGAGGAAAGCUCAUCCAAGGGCUUACAUGAGAGAGGGGAAGAUGUGGCAGUGGAGACAAGCAGCAGCAAGGAGCCAGCUGCUCCCAUGGCAGGACCAAGUCAGAUGACAAGGGAAUCCUCCCUGGCCACAGAAGAACACAAGCCUGUGUGUCAAAAUAUUUUGAAGCAAGACCUGGAAGCGGACCAGGAAAAGAGAAAUAACAAAGAGCAGAGUGAGGAAGCACUAGCUGUGGUUCCCAACAGGAAAGGGAGUUCACCCACUGCAGGUGGCAUUAAAGGAGAUAAAACCAAGCAAAAUGAGCCUGACACUCCAAAUGAAAAGGAAGUGGAGGCUGAAUUUCUGAGGCUGUCUUUAGGUUUUAAGUGUGACUUGUUUACCUUGGACAAAAGAGUGAAGCUUGAAGAGAGGUCUCGAGACCUGGCUGAAGAAAACUUGAAAAAGGAGAUCACAAAUGCUGUGAAUAUGUUAGAGGCUUUAGUUCCUUUGUGUGAAGAAGAUAACCAGGCACAGGACAUCAUUAAGAAGCUGCAGAAAAGCCUGCAGUUCCUUAGCCAAUAUGCAGCUCGAGUUGCCAGCAGAGCAGAGAUGUUGGGAGCUAUUAAUCAGGAGAGCCGGGUGAGCAAGGCUGUGGAGGUGAUGAUCCAGCACGUGGAGAACCUGAAGCGCAUGUACGCCAAAGAGCACGCUGAGCUCGAGGAGCUCAAGCAGGUCCUGCUCCAGAACGAGAGAUCCUUCAGCUCCCUUGGAGACAGAGAUGAAUCUAUGAAUAAGAAGCUACCAGGUCCUUUUAACUUUAAGCCCUCGUCAGCCCUGCGGAGAGUUAGCAUUGCAACAGUGCCCAGGAGCGCUGGGAAUGCAGGGAUUGGGGUGCCACUGGCCCAGUUCCAUGAACCUGAUGGGGAUGAACGCAGUGACAGAUUCAGCAGGAGAUCAAGCAGUUGGGGCAGGCUAGGGGUGAAGCCGAAUGAGAAGCGCCCUUCACUGCAGAGGUUCCUCAGCACCUAUUCCUGGGCAGAGUAUGAAGAGGAGCCUUUUGAAACCAAGAAUGAGCAGUUGGAAUCACCUGCUGAAGUACAGGAACAACCAACUAGGAAGGAAAGUGUCUCUGAAAAAGGAAAACACCCACCCAAAUGGACCCUGGAGUCAAUGUACAAUUCGAUGUCAGCGCAGGCGUCCCACCUCAAGGCUUCCUUCUGCAACGCCAACAAAACCCUCUGGGCGUCCAUGUCCCUCCUGGUCCUGCUGGCUGCUCUCACCAGCUUCCUGGUGGGGCUGUCCCUGCAGAAGCCGGCAGAUGCAGCCCCCGUGUGCAGUGGGAAUGCCUGGAGGACGCUGCAGCAGCUGCUGUGGCCCUACGUCAGACUGCGGCACUUCGGCCCUCCCCCGAUGUAACCCCGGCUCCGCUGCCGGGGCUGAGCUCCGCAGGACAGGAGCUGAAGCUGGCCUUAUUUAAGGUUACUUGUCUGGGUUUGUUCUGGUGGGUUGUGGGUAUUUUUGGGGGGACAGAUCAAGUUUUUUUGUCUUUAAAGCAUGACUUGAACUGAAAAAAAAUAUUUCCUAUUCUGACAAAAGUCAUCUUCAAAAGCAGCUAGAAGGAUCUCAGUUCUACUGAGGUUUACAAAAGAACAGCAAUUUUUUGAACGUAGCUAACAAUAAACAUGUCUAGGUGGUCUGGCCACAAUUGAAUAAAGAAUUUAUUUUGCUUGAACAAAGAUAAAAUGUUUGCAUUUCAGAACCUGUUUAAAUGUUUUGAAUAGAAAAGUAUUUAAAACUUGAAAUGUAACUUUAUUGAAAGCUUUUGAUAAUAAAGUUUUGAAGGAAA